CAGCCAUGUAAAGCCAUGUAAACAAGCUGUGUUUGUUUAAAGCGUGUUUUCGUGGCAUGUUUCCCUCCAUAUGAGACAUGUCAGCUCCGCGCCAGGUUAAAACCUGGGAAAUUUCUGCAUCCGAGGACAGCGAGGCUGAAACUGAAGAACUCCGAGCGGAUCGGAGCUCCGGAGACCAAAGCGAAGCUCUGUUCCCAUCAUCAGCAACAAAGACCCGGACCCCCUCCUCCGCCCCGCUGUCCCCUCCACGACCCGGGACGUCCGCAGCCACCCCGAGUCCUGCAAGGAAACGCCGGAGCCAGGAGGAGAUCGAGGCGGACAGACAGCGAGCGAAGGAGAGGAGGGAGGCCAGGGAGAGACUGAGAACAGCCAGGGCGCAGGAGAAGGAGGGGAGGAGGCAGGAACAGCUGAGGAGGAAGGAGGCUGCAGAGCGCCUCAAGACCCUGAGGCCAGAGAACUACAUCAAGACCCUGACAGUCUGCAUACAUCCAGCUCUGCUGCAGCAGCAUGGAUCAGACCUCCUGCUGGACACCCUGGCUGCCUACGAGUGGAGGCUCAGCAUCGAGAGCCAGCGGCUCACCCACAGCAUCGCCUGGACCAGAGACGUAGCUCAGCAGGAAGACGAGGGUGAAGCUGUUCUGGAGGAGGAACAGAUGCUGCUGGUUCUGACCAUGGCUGAUUUCGUAGAUCUUGUGGUUGCUGUGAACAAAACGCUGCACAGUGACAUGCAGGAGGCGGAGGCUGAGGCGGGGUCCCUCCUGAGUCUGCUUUCUGAGUGUCUCAACCGUGAUGCAGCGAAGGUUCUCACUCUACUAGUGACAGACUCGGAUCACAGCAGGACAAACACUGAGCAUUUCCGUGAAGAGACACUGCAGUCCAAGUUGGGGAUGAACAAUCUGGACAUCGAGGAGGUUCGGGUGUAUCUACAGCUUUACAAAAACAUCUCGCUGGUCUUUGUGGAUGGCUGGCAGGACAUCACUGACCAUGUGUGCGCCGUCACCAAAGCCCUAUCGAAGCGUCCUCUCAAACUCCUGGCAGAGCGUGAAGAGCUUCCUUUCUGUGUGGACGGCUCGUGGGCCAGCGGGGUGCGGGUGGAGAGGGACGGCUCGGGGCUGGUUCAGGUCUGGGCCAAGCAGAUGGAACAGCUGAACAGAGUGAGCCCCGCCGUGGCGUCCUCUGUGGCCUCGGCGUACUCGUCUCCUCAGCUGCUGCUGCAGGCUUAUCAGAGUCUGGACCGAGAGGACGACAGGAAGCGGCUGCUGGCAGGUCUGUCAGUGAAGAGUGAAGGCAAAGAGCGCCGCAUUGGACCCGAGAUAUCAGCCAGACUUUACCGCUGCUUCACAGCCCAGAAUCCAGAGCUGGUGUUGGACUGAUGGUCUUAGUGAAGAACCACUGUGAGGUCGUGCAGCACUGAGUUCAUCACACUGAAUCACCAAUUACAUUAUUUUUCAAUCAGGUUUACAACUUAAAAUAAUGCCUUAAUGAAAGGAGUGGAUGGUUUUUUAUUUUACAUAAUUUAUAUUGUCAAAGAAAUGACUUGGAACAAUGAACUGCAUUGUGUUGUAUAUAAAUAAAGACAGA